CAUAUUUUUGGUAUAAUUCUCUAAAAUUAUAUACUAUUUCACGUGCAAUAGAUCCUGUAGAUUAGUAAUAAGGUCUUUAAAAGCUCAUUUUCUCCAGCCAUAGCACCCAAAAAGCAAACACCCUCUCUCUUUUCGGGAGGUUUCUGUACAUUUUGCUAUGUUUUGCAUUUAAAGGAAGAAUUUAAAGAUUUAUAUAUUUUCUUUUUCUAGCAGAGAAAAGAAAAAAGAAAGGAAUGGCACUAGAAGCUGUGGUCUAUCAACAAGACCUGUUUGGUCACAGUACUAAGGAAUUCUACAAUUUGCUUGGAGGGAAUUGGAGCUAUGAAUUUGGCCAACUGGAAAAAGAAGAUCAUCAUGAUUAUAAUAAAGCUGCAGGUUGUUUUGAGAAUUUUCUUGAUAACCAAACGGAAAACGGCCUCCAUGGAGAUUGGAACAACUCUUCUUCUUCACCACCUUCCAUAAUGCCUCAUUUAAGUGAAAUGCUUCAAAUCAACCCAUCUUCUGAACCUAACAAUGAUUCCAAUCAGUUGUUAGAGUCGCCAUCCACCAUGCCUGCUCGAGCCAAGAGACGUCGUUCAAGAAGUAGGAAAAACAAAGAAGAAAUUGAGAAUCAAAGAAUGACUCACAUUGCCGUCGAGCGAAAUCGAAGAAAGCAAAUGAAUGAGUAUCUCUCUGUUCUCCGAUCUUUAAUGCCCGACUCUUAUGUUCAAAGGGGAGACCAAGCUUCGAUAAUAGGAGGCGCCAUUAAUUUUGUGAAGGAGCUGGAGCAACGACUGCAAUUACUUGGAGGGGAAAAACAAGUAAAAGAAGAAAAAUCUCAAGGCGAAGAGUGUCCUCUGCCAUUUUCUGACUUCUUUACAUUUCCACAGUACUCAACAACUCGGUCUGACAGCUCAGUAACAGGUGUAAACGAAACAAUGAGCGCGACAACUGAGUCAAGUAUAGCAGAUAUAGAAGUGACAAUGGUGGAAAGUCAUGCAAAUGUUAAAAUAAGAUCAAAAAGAAGACCAAAGCAACUGUUGAAGAUAGUUUCUGGGUUGCAUAGCAUGAGACUCACUAUUCUGCAUUUAAACGUCACAACUCUCGAUCAAAUUGUGCUUUACUCUCUCAGUGUCAAGGUAGAAGAUGACUGUAAUCUGAGUUCAGUGGAUGAGAUAGCAACAGCAGUGUAUGAGAUGCUAGGUAGGAUUCAAGAAGAGUACUCAGUGAUGUGAUGAUGAGUUAAUUAAGUUUUAAUCUGAAAUUUGAUUUUGAUAUUGGCUUACUGUAAGUGGGUAUUUCUUGAUUUUUAGGAAGGACUUUGAAAGGAUCAUUUCAACUAAUGUUUCUCCCAUUUGAUCUUAGUGUUAGCUUUGCUCUGGUUGGUCUAAUUUGGAGGUUUCUGUUUGCAACUGUUUUCUCCUUUGCCUUUUUUUGGGUUAUUAGAGGCAUCUUCUGUAUCACCCAUACAUAAAUGCUUGGUCAAUUCAAACCUUUCUCUCAUGUCUUGCCAA